AUGGCUGCAUUGGCAGCUGCAACUGCUCUAACAGCAGACUCCAUCGCUCUAGACACAAACAAGCACGGAGUGUCCGUGGCAGAGCUCCAGAAGCACACGUCGCUCGAAAACGGCGUCUGGGUCGCCAUCAACGGCGAGGUCUACGACCUCACCGAGUUCUUACUGAGACACCCAGGCGGUGCCAAGAUCAUUUUGAAGUACGCAGGCAAGAACGCAUCCACCAUCUUCAAUAAGUUCCACCCAAAGGACGUGUUUGAACAAUUCUUGACCCCCGAGCAGCACCUCGGACCGUUGCUUGGCGAGUUGCAACCGGCCCAAGAUAUCACCGAGGGCGAGGAGGACGAAGCCAGGCUCGUGCGCAUCGAAAAGAAACCAGCUCUUGCCAAGAUCUUCAACGCCUCGGACUUUGAGCAUAUCUGCAAGCAGAUCAUCCCUCCCAAUGCCUGGGCGUACUACUCGAGUGCUGCAGACGAUGAGAUCUCGCUUCGCGAGAACCACUAUGCGUACCAGCGAGUAUUCUUCAAUCCCCGGGUGUUGCGAAACGUAACCGAGAUCGACCUCACCACCACCAUGUUGGGGGUGAGGGUUGAUGCUCCCUUCUACUGCUCUGCCGCUGCCUUGGCGAAAUUGGGCCAGCCAGAGGGCGAAUUGUCCAUCGCCAGAGGCUGCGGGUCGGAGAACAUCAUCCAAAUGAUCUCCAACAAUGCCUCCUAUACGUUUGACGAAAUUGUCGAUGCCGCGAAGCCAGACCAGCCCCAAUGGUUCCAAUUGUAUGUCAGUGAGAACCGGGACUUGAACUACAAGGCCAUUGAAAAGUGCAACAAGCGUGGGAUCAAGGGUAUCUUUGUGACCGUGGACGCUGCUCUGUUCGGGAAAAGAGAAAAGGACAUGAGGUUCCACCUUCUCGAAGAUGACGAUGAUGAUGGCGACGCUGGAGAUAACUUGAGUGAAAGUGGCAAAAUUUUGUCUGCCAAAGAUCCAGGGUUGACCUGGGAAGACAUCAAAAAAUUUAAGAAAGCCACCGAUCUUCCUAUCGUGUUGAAGGGAAUACAAACAGUCGACGAUGUGUUGAUGGCAAUCGACCACGAAGUAAAAGGAGUCGUUCUUUCCAACCAUGGAGGUAGGCAACUCGAUUUCUCAAGGGCACCAUUGGAAGUAUUGGCUGAUGUCAGUAAGGUAUUGAAGGAGAAGAAACUAGAAGACAAACUAGAAAUAUACCUCGAUGGGGGUGUUAGACGUGGAACGGACAUCUUGAAGGCCUUAUGUUUGGGUGCAAAAGGUGUUGGUUUGGGAAGGCCUUUUCUCUAUGCCAACUCUGCUUAUGGACAGGAAGGGGUGGAAAAGUUGAUUCAGUUACUCAAACUGGAAUUAAGCGUGGACAUGAAGCUUUUGGGAGUCUCCAAGAUUGACGAAUUGGGUCCGGAAUAUUUGGAUAUUAGGAACCUUCACGCUAGACAUCUUGUUGCUGAUCUGAUGUACAACUCAGCAUAUGACCCAUUACGCCCACCGGAAUUUAGAAAAUAG